AUGCAAGAUGAUCCAGUGUUUGAUUCGUACCAUCAGCUCAAUCAGACUUUCCGCUGGGUCAGUAAUUUCCGUGUAGGCCCACACAGGAAUGUGUCCGCAUACAGAAGCAUGCACAGAGAAAGGAAAUAUGACGAUUUCACAAACCUAAGAGUACACCUGACCUUCCCCAACACUGUGGACUUUGACCAGUUCCUGCGAAGUGACCCCCUGAAUGCCAGGCAGCAGCUGAUUGGCCAGCUUCAGAAUGAGGUGAUGGCGGUGUUUCGACCUGAGGUGGCUGCCACCAUAGCAGAUAUAUGGAUGGAACAGAAUUUUAUUCCCUUCACCAUCUCCAAAAGCCUUGACAGUGAUGUGAACCUUGUGGAAGAGUUCUACAGAUUACAAGAAAAAGUCAACAACAGCCAGGUUUCAGUUCAUCUUGGACCAGCUGGCACUGUCACAGCAAGUGCUGCCUCUUACCAGGGAACUUUUGAACUCCUUUGCCCAAGAAAGUGCUCCGAUGGUGUAGACAAGAUGUCUUGCAUGACAAUACCAGGCUGUGAUUGGUCAGAUUAUGACAAGAACAAAACCUGCCAGAAUAAUGCUUUAUUAGCAGAAAGCAUCGUGACCAAGGUGUUCUUCCCCUGUGCUGACUUUACCAGUCUCCCCCAGGAUGAGAGGACACAGGUUCUCUCUAACUUUAGGAACCAGCUGUACGGCCAUCUCCCCAAUGUGUCGGCCAAAGCUUUACAUUCAUUCAAGUUUGAAGAGAACAGUGCAGAUAUCAUUCAGUUCACACUACAGGGCACUAUGAGGGACCCCACUCUGAACAAGACCUACAGCCGUCUAGAGGAGCUGUUUCACUGGCAGAGGGGGUUCACAGUGGGGCCAGACACAAACAGGGCCAAGUACAGGGCAAGAAACCCAGAAGAUUUUACCAACAUUCGUAUGAAGCUGGUCUAUAAUGGUACUAACUUUGAUAAUGAAUUUGGGCAGUCUCUCACAGCCAGACAGCAAUUUACGUCAGAAAUACGUCGCUCCCUGUCAGUCGCCAUUUCAAACCCAGAUGUGACCGCUACCCUGGACAAUUUCUGGAUGGAGAAGGACUACAUACCUUUCACCUUCAGUAAGCCUGUGGACAGUCCUGUGUCACUGCUCCAUCUAGUAGACAAUGUUAGAGCUGCAAUCCAGGCAGAGGUUCUGAGAGUGAUCGAAGCCAAAAAAUUUGUCCCACCCAAGGUCGAGUGGUUUGGUUCCUUCCAUGAACUAUGUCCCAAAGAUUGCUCAGAGGGUGGCAAUAGCAGCAGCUGUGACCAGAUUCCUGGUUGUGACUGGGGAGACUAUGAUGUUCCACCUAUCUGCUCCAACAAUAGUUACUUGGUGGAGAGAAAAAAUGUCACAGUGUUUUUCCCAUGCAUGGAUUUGGGAUCCCUUUCUUUGAAGGAAGCUGAGGAAAUACGGGAAAACUUCCAGGCAUCCAUCCGUGCCUUGUUGCCCAAUGUCUCCUCAAAAGCCAUUCACUCCUUCAUGUUCAAUUUGCCGAGAAGCCUCAGCUUCAUCCUUCAGGGCACGAUGCAAGACCCACCAGUUGUGGAGAGUUUGGGCAUCCUCCAGAGGGGGCUGCAGAGCAACUUUGCUGUUGGCCCAAAUUCUGACCCCAACAAAUACACAGCUACCACCAGUGAUGGCUUCACCAUGGUCCAUGUGAAAUUUUCCUUUAAAAAUGCUGACCUGGUGAAUGUCUUGAAGAAGAAUCCACUGACAGCGCGUCAGGAGGUUGAGCAGUCAGUACACACCAUAGUAGACAUGGUUCUGAACAAGACUAUAGCCAACAGAGUCCAAGAUAUAAGAAUUGAUCAGCGCCACAUCAGCUUUGCUAUCACCAAACCACCUGGUUCCCCUCUGGACUUAAUGGACCAUGCCAAGAGAUUGGAAGCUGAAGUAGGAGUUGGAAGCAUCCAUGUCACAAUAGAGGGGGUAAACAGGGUGCCUACAGGAGUUAGUGUGACUGGCUCUAACCAGGAUAUCUGUCCAAUAACAUGCUCUGAGAGGUAUAAAAUGUAA